AUGGCAAAAUUAAAGCAUUCCAUCAGUUGUAAAACUCUUACAAAGCCUCCAAGGGAUCAGAAGCCGCCACCAUUCACAGGAGGGUUUGUUCCAAACAAACCCAUGCAGAACAAGGUGUAUUCCUUUGAUCUUACCAAAGUAGAUGCCUUGUUUGAUGAAAUGUUGCUGCAGAAAGCAAUAGAGACACCUCAUAGAAUGCCCAAACCAGAAGAACUCAAGGGCAGACAGUAUUGCAGAUGGCACAAUUCUUGGAAUCAUUCUACCAAUAGUUGUGUUGUUUUCAGAGAUGUCAUACAGGAAGGGAUAACAGCAGGAAGGCUAAAGCUGGCAGAAAAACCUCCAUCCGUCACCACAAACCCUUUUCCCCCGCCACAAGUUAAUAUGGUCAACCUAAAUUGGCCAGAACGAAAGAAGGACAGACCAGCUAUAGAGGCUGGCUCCAGUAGAAGCAGAAUAGUUUCAAAAGAGACUAUGGAGAGACCAAAAGCAACCAUUUCAGCUGGAGUAGUGCUCUGCAGCAGGUGCAAGUGUGAGGCUGAGCUGGAAGUAGUCCUGGAAAAACAGGAACUGCCCACUCCAAGUGUUUUUGACCGGAUUGGAACCACGCCCCAUGAUAGAGCCAGACAGAGAAACUACCCCAGGCCUGUCCAAUCCAGCAGAAGAAUGACUAAGCAGCCCAAGGAGGAAAUAUCAAUAAAAAUGCCCGGAAGUGAGAAACCUUUGGCGGCCAUCAUUGAAGGCAGGUGGUAUUCUGUCGGGAAGAAUGACAGACCAACAAUGGAGCUAACAAGAACUCAAAGGAGGAGGGUUCAGAGACAGUACUGCACAUUCCUCAAUAACAAGAAAAAUGCACAGGUGCUUCCAGAGGUCAAUUCUGCCAAAAAAGGGAAAGAGCCAGAAAGGUUGACGAAAGCAGAAUCCUCAGAGAAACCUUCUAUCCAUCCUGCAUCCAUCUCAGAAGAUCUACUUAAAACUCCGCAACCAGAGGAAAAAACCGAUCCUAUUCCAGGAGAAGGACAAGAAGACUGGGCUGAGGAGUAUGAAGAGGAGCAGCUGGAUUAUGAACCAUCUGCAGAUGACCAGAAUGCGCUCAUCGGAACAGAAGAACUGGGAGAAUGGACGGAGGAAUACGGUGGAGAACAGAUGGAUUAUGAUGGAGAGUUGGAUGCAGAAACUGAGGCCUUCGGUGCAGAAUUGGAGGACUUGUUACGUGCUGACCUAGGCAUCAAUAUGGUGUUCAUUCUGCCAGAGAAGUUCUGGGCGGUAGAUGGACAGAAAAGCACUCUGGACGGAGAUGUAUUUUCCCAAGAGAGUUUUGAAUGCAGGUUGGCAGAAGCGGAAGAGAUGCCAGAACAGCAAACAGGCAAUCCCAGGACAGAAGGAACCACCAACAAGCUGACUACAGAUGGAGGUGCAGCCAUCAACCUUCUGCCUCACAGAAUGCUAAGCAAAAUGGGCAGAACAGAAAGGGAUUUAAUUCCAACCCGCUUGACCGUCACCAAUUUCGCAGGGGGCAUCACCAAAACCCUUGGGAUCCUGGAUGUGGAUGUUUUAGUAGGAAGCAAGAAGCUGAAGGUUGCAUUCUUUGUGGUAGAUACUACUUCUACCACUUACAAUGCACUGCUUGGCAGAGACUGGAUUCAUCAGAGUCUAUGUGUUCCUUCCACUCUUCAUCAACAGUUAGCUUUAUGGAAUGAAGAAGGCUACAUGGAGAUAAUAGAGGCCGAUCCACGGCCAUUUCUACCCUCUGCCAUGUGUUGUGAGGCAAGGUACUACCAUGAUGACCUUGGUCCUUUCACCUUCUUUGGAGUCAACCAGAACGGCCGCCCCCAUGGUGUCACGGCCCAGAGGCUCAUUGAAGAAGGUCUAACCAACUCUUUGGAGGAUUGGAACAGACCUUUUGUUCUAAACUUCCAAAACUCUAAUGUUUAG